UGCACCCGAUGGGGGGGGGCUCAGGCUUUUUUCCUCCUCUCCUGGGCUGUCAGCGUGCUCAGCGGCCAGCCUCAGGUUCGGCCUGCCCUUCUGGUGAUGCCUCAUCAUCGCGCCCCGUUGGUUGGCCUUGGGGCCACGUUGUGGCUUGGGAACGCAAGCAAACACGGCUGGCAGGGAGGGGAAAUAAUGAGCGGCCUGUAGUGCUGGGAGCUGUGGGAAAGGUCCCUCCUGGGUGUCUCCCCGGGAGAUGUUUGGGAGCAUUCAGCCACAGCUCCGCUGCUGAAUUGCCCGAAGGGGAAAGCGUGACAGGACAGGCUCCGCUCUCCAAACAGGAUUUAGCCAGCCGUGCCAGGCGUUUACACAGAGCCGAGUUCCUCCACGCCAGGCAGCGGCUGGCGGGCUGGGCGCGGAUUUGGGCAGGCACCGCCGUGAAAGCUCCUGGGGCUGCGUGCGGAGCCCUCUUCUGCCCGUGGCCACGUGCCGCGGUCCCCAUGGUGCCAUCCCCACGGUCCCCAUGGUGGGUGGCAGCUUCUGGCCGUGCUGGCGCUCCCCAGGAGCCAUGCAGGGCUCUGCCCGCUGGUGUCAGGACGCCUUGGGAAGGCUGAUGGGGAGGUCUGGCCGCGGGAGGACGCAGAGGGACAGCGGCGUGCCGGCAGUGUGCGCGGCCCCCUGCGAGCGGUGACAGGCACGGCCGGAGCUCCGGGGAGCAUCGCAGCACACAGACGGAGAGCCACCACGAGACCUGCCGGGACCCGUGCUGACCCUCGCUGCGUAAGAUGACAGCAAGAGACGGGCCACAGGAUAGGUACAAGGCUGUCUGGCUGAUCUUCUUCAUCCUUGGCCUGGGAACGCUGCUGCCAUGGAAUUUCUUCAUGACCGCCAGGGAGUAUUUCAUCAGCCGCCUGGCGGACACCGAGAACAUGAGCCACCUCGGGAACCAGACCGGUGGGGCUGCCUUGUCCCACUCCUACCUGCAGUCCAUGUUUGACAACUUCAUGACUCUCUGCGCCAUGGUGCCCCUCCUCGUCUUCACCUGCCUCAACUCCUUCAUCCACCAGCGGAUUCCCCAGCAGAUCCGCAUCUUGGGCAGCCUGGUGGCCAUCGGGCUGGUGUUCUUAAUCACCGCAAUCAUGGUGAAGGUCGCCAUGGAGCCUCUUCCCUUCUUCGUCUUCACCAUGAUCAGCAUCGUCUUCAUCAACUCCUUUGGCGCCAUCCUCCAGAGCAGCCUCUUUGGCCUGGCGGGGCUCCUGCCUGCCAACUACACAGCUCCCAUCAUGAGCGGGCAGGGCCUGGCAGGCAUCUUCGCUGCUUUGGCGAUGAUCUUCAGUAUCGCCAUUGGCGCUCAGCAGCCAGAGAGCUUCAUUGGUUACUUCACCACGGCAUGCGUGGCGAUCGUGCUGGCAGUCUUCUCCUACAUCCUUCUGCCUCGCACGGAUUUCUUCCGGUACUACUCCAUGAAGGACAAGACGGAGUACCACGUGUACAACGCAGAGCUGGAGACCAAGAGAGACCUGAUUAAGAAAGAUGAGCUCAAUGGGAUGGAGCAGAAUAACUCAAAGAUCAUCCCUGUCCACAGCCCUGACGAGAAGUCCUCGGUCAUCUCCAUUUUUAAGAAGCUCUGGCUCAUGGCUGUGUCUGUCUGCUUAGUCUUCACCGUCACCAUCGGGGUCUUCCCUUCCGUCACAGCGAAGGUGCACACUAGCCUCGGAGAGGGAAACGAAUGGGGUCUCUACUUCAUCCCUGUCUCCUGCUUCCUGAUGUUUAACCUCUUUGACUGGGCAGGACGGAGCCUCACUGCCCUCUUCACAUGGCCCGGGAAGGACAGCUACCUCCUGCCAGCGAUGGUGAUCCUCCGCGUCAUCUUUAUCCCCCUUUUCAUGCUGUGCAACGUGCAGCCCCGGGACUACCUGCCUGUCGUUUUCUCUCAUGACGCCUGGUACAUCAUCUUCAUGAUCUUCUUCUCCAUCUCCAACGGCUACCUGGCCAGCCUCUGCAUGUGCUUCGGGCCCAAGAAAGUGCUCGCCCACGAAGCGGAGACAGCUGGAGCAGUCAUGGCGUUCUUCCUGACACUGGGCUUGGCCCUAGGAGCCGCCAUCUCCUUCCUGUUCCAAAUUCUCGUCUAGCAGAGGCACCCAGAGGGUGCAGGGACACCGAGAUGGCUCCGCAUCCUCCUCCGAGGCCCUGGACACCUCAGCGCUGUGGGGAGAUAACACCUCACGCCUGCCCCUGCCAACUCACACUGCCAUGGCAGAUGUUACACCCAGGGACGGUUCCACUCCUCCAGGGUUGGCCUGGCUCCUGCCACGCUUGGCCGUGUGAUGCCUUCAGGCCUAUGUGCCUUUGCCUUCCCCAUGCUGUGUGUAAGACUCCUGGGACCUCGCUGAGGUCCAGCCGCCUCCCGUGCUGCGUAACUCCCCGAGCUCAAGCCCAAAAGCCAUGCUAAACCUCCUCAUCUCUGACAGGCGGAGUCGAAGGCUAGCAUCCAGUGUUAUUUCCCCUCUUGCCCCAUCCCUAAGGCCCCUAGCGGCUUGCUCCCUCUCCUUCCAGCAUGCCUGGAAGCAUCCCAUGCCACGCAUCAUCUCCUACCAGGGAGAACUGGGGCGACAAGAGCGCCAGCCACCCCCAGUAGCCCAAGGGACACCCGUGUAGUGUGACUGAGGGCUAACACCACGACUCAGUCUCCACGCUUCGCUUUCUCCCUCUCUCCUUGCCUUCGUUCCCUCCCCAGAGAUCCUGCCAUUAUUUCCUUUCCGCCUCCCACCCGUGUACCAAACAGGAGGUCCCACCUGCAAACAGGAGAGGGGGCAGCUCCCCCCCAGCUCCCUGCCUGCCUCUCCCCUCCCGUGUCUCUCUCAAUGUACCCGUACGUUGCCCCUUUUCUAUAAAAAGACUAAAACCUG